AUGAAGAAAAGCAAAUUACGAUCUGCAAGACCUAGUGAGUUUGGCCUUUAAAACAUUUAUUUUACUACGUUUUAUUUUACAGUGUAAAUCAAAUGGCAGUAAAAGCGUAGUAUCUACACUACACUCUUCUUAACUUAAGUUUUGCCAUUCUUUAUUUAUACCAAAACCUAAAAUAUUUAAUUAUUACCAUAACACAAAUAUAAUAUCACGCUUUUCAGAACUCAAAAUCACGUCAGACCCAGACCUGAACCACCUCAAUUCUCCACUAAAUUCGGCCGAACCUCUGACUCCACUCCACUCUAACACAAUAUUCGAUCACAUUCUAGAAUCAGCCGAACGAAAGACUAGUCAGGAGCACGAUGAUGUCAGGUUACAGUCACCGUAUAUUGUCAUGCGUACUGAAGAAGAUGUGGACACACGGCCGUCUGGAUUUGGAGCUACACCGUAUCCAGACAACAUACGAGAAGAUACGAUAAUGAUGGACGAGAUAAUUCACUCGGAUUCUGAAAACGAAGAAGCAUGGUAUAGUAAGAGUCCGCCUUCAUAUAUGACGGUUGAUGAUACGGUGGAUGAGUUGUUGCGGUGAGUGAUCUUUUUGAGUCGUUACGGUAAGUAAUGGUAUAAAGAAAGCUUGAAUAAGUUAUAUUAUACUAGGAGACGGCUCAUCAAAUAUCAUUUUUGUUACUUUAGAGAGACCCAGCCACCGCCCGACCAUUACAGUAAUCCGUUGUACCGUAAAGCAGAUAAACUGAAGAAGAACAAUGUAGAUCAUACCAACAGUAACAGUAGCAUCGACUUGUCAGUGGCCGACUUUUCAAUGAAUGAUCUCAGUAAGGUCUUUUCAGGCUUGCAUUAUAUACUUACUGUAACAUUUUUUUUCCACAUAUAUGUAUGCUUGUAUAUAUAUAUAAAGGCCCAAGCAAAGCUGACAAAGUUGUUGUAAGCUAUAAUAAGUUGCUUUUUUCAGAAAUAACUCACAAUCUCAACAGUUUACAGAGCCAUCUGUGUGUCAGCGGUAACUGA